AUGACGAAGUCAGGCCCCUCCCCCUCCUCGACGAAUUGUAACAGACCGGAGUCAGGCCCCUCCCCUCCUCGCCUGCGCCGCCGUCGGCCUCCUCCUCCGAUUCGCCGUCCCCAGGCCCUCAGCCGUCGAGCCCAAGGCUUGGUCCCUCCUCGCCAUCUUCAUCGCCACCGUCGCUGGGAUCAUCCUCAGCCCCCUCCCUACCCACCACACCGCCCACUCCUUCUAACGAAGACGAAGUUUGAAAAAAACGACGACAAAUUGCAACACGAGAUCGAGGACGAAGACGAAGCUUGUCGGAGCUAG